ACUAAGGCCAUGAAAGAUCACAAGGAAGAUAUUCUCAAGAUUCCUUACGGUUGGCAGUCCCUCGCUUACCUCCUUCACGAGGAUAAGCUCCAGGCUUGCGGUCUCGUGGGUGAAGGCGAGUCCACCGAUGACUCGGGAAUCCGUGAGUUUGCGAGAUGGGAAGAUGUCCCUAUACCAACCGCCAAGCUUCCCUCCAGAAGGAGACCCUCGAGCUCACAAGCCCGAGCCUUUGUUCAUCCUCUAUUUGAGCUCCCAUGCUCAAGAACUGAAGCUCAGGACAAGGCUUCACUGAGCUUAGCAAACAGAGGUAAAAUAGUGUUAGACUUGUCCAAGUGGUCUCCUACUCUUCUUAGGCAGGAGCCUAAUGUAGUGGUUCUUUUUAACAAUCCUAGGAAGAAUUUCAUGGUCUGGUCGGGGUAGAUCUUAAAGUCCAUAGGUUCGAUAGUUGGCUAGGGAAGUACGAGACUAUGUAUAGUCUAAACGAAGUCUGGGACAGGAUUGCUAUCCAGUAUGGGACAAACGAUUAUAGGGAUUUAACGAGACUGUCUCCCACCUAUAGAGAGGGAACCCCCUUAGAGUCAUCAGAAGGCAGAGGGAUUUCCUGGUCCCCGAGCUCAAGCUCGUCAAAAUCUUCCAGUUAGGUUUCUUUUCACCUAGAAGUCUCAUCAUACACUAACAUAUAAUCAUCUCUUGAUGUUUUGUUCUUCCUUUUUUCAGGUGAGAUGGAUUCGAACUUGGACAAACUUCUCAAUAAACAUGUUGCCUCAAGAGCAAACAAACACCACCGAGCAUCUCAAAAGGGGGGCCGCCCUUCCAAGCUCACCAAGAAGUCUGAUCUGCCCCCAUUAGUCUCGAAGCCUUCCGACCUAGGCCAGGUCACCGACCCUACAAGACUAACGGAAGUCGUGGCCCCUCCUCCUGCGAGUCAACUAAAACAAGCUCAUCUUGCCCAGCCUCCUAUCCAAGACUGCCACCUCACUAUCACAACCUACAUGCUUAAAUUUGUGGUCGAUAGCGCUGCCGGUACUUCUGGGGUCCAGCUUGGUUCUGAUGCAUUGACUUGUGUGAGCCAAUGCCUUAGCAGCCUCGGGGCUCCCCAGUGGGAUUUCUUGACCACCUGCCAGAAUGCCAACACUCUUUUUGACAAGAGUGGAGAGUUACUCUCUUCAGCCUUCUUAACCUUCAUUCAGCAUAAUUAUAUCCUGAACCAAGAGGUUGCAACGAGCAAGGUGCAUGCCCAAGAGGCCAGAGAUGCACAGCUCAGGGCCAAGGACGAUCUUAAAAAGGCUCGGCUAGAGAUGGAAGCAGCCCGGAGGGAGGUGGAAGCUAAAGAUGCAGAGAUUAAGACGGUCCAGGAGCUGGACGCCACGCUAGAAGCAACCCGUAAGGAGGUGGAGGCCAGGGAUAUAGAUAUCAGAAGGGUCCAGGGGAAAAAUGCCAAGUUGGAGGAGGAUAAGAAGACGACUUUCGAGUUCAUCGAGAGUGAGAAUGCUUGUCUUCUUGAAGAGUUUAGGACCAAAAAAGAUCACAUCGUUGACAUGGCGAUGUAUCGCAUCUGGGCUAACAAGCCCGACCUUGAUACUAGUUUCUGUCCACCAGGGAAACCGAGUUUGUCACCAGAUGGCAAGCUUGAUUGGAUGAGGAAGUGGCCAUGCUCGAUGCUGAAGAGGCGGUGGAGGCCAUCGAGCAAGCCGGGACUGUAGUUGAUGGGGCCGCCAAUCCUUAAAUUCCAACUCAUGGUUUG